AGCGACUAUCUAGGCGACACGUCAUGUUUUGCGCCGCUCUGUUGUGAAUAUAUUCAUGUAAUUUGCGAGGAAUGGAUAAUUUGUUGAUAGAAGCUGUUCACAGGAGGGACCCUCUAUGGAACUCGUCCAAUGAGCAUCACAAAAAUUCUAAUAUUCUAAAGAAACUUUGGGAGGAGGUAGCUGAAGAAGUCCAAGGAGAUGUUAAAACUUUAAAGACAAGAUGGAGGAACUUAAGAGCUUAUUAUAUCAAAGAAUGUCAAAAAAUAGAAAAGUCCCGAGGAAAUAGCUCCAGCUCGUGGCAGUAUUUUGAUAAACUUCGAUUCAUCACGAAUAAUAUGCCAAUAUCGAAUAUACUAAAGUAUAAUUGUGAAGAGAGUUAUAUGUCCAUGAGUCAGAACUAUUGCAAUCCAGUUGAAUUUCUAGAAUCGCCGUCCCCAGUGCCGUCAUCUUUGUCAGACUCGGGCACGUCUCCAGCAAGAAAAAACAAAUCUGUGAACAAAACAAAUUUGAAUGCAAAUGAUACUAUCGCAGAUUUAAAGAGAAGGAAAAUAGAAAUAUUGGAGAAAGAGGCCAUCCGAAGAUCUAAUGAUGAUUUGCUGUUCUUCGAAAGUCUCCUACCAUACUUAAGUGAAAUUCCUCGGAUACGUAAAUUGCAACUUCGUUCAAAGAUUCAUGAAUUAAUUGUAAAUGAAUUAGUAGAACUCGAAGGGAGAGACACUUGCCAAACAGACACUUGAAUGCAUAAUUAAAUAUAUAAGAAAUUUA